UGACCGUUUCCUAUUUUUUGGCUAACUAAUAAAUCAUUGCACACCAUAACGGUAACCGCCCCUUCUUUUUCUCUCUUCCAUUCUUCUCCAUUUCCCUCCCCUUCCCUCUCAACCCAACCAUGGCAUCAUCAUCAUCGCCAUCAGUCAUAGGAAUUUAGGAGAAAAGGUAAGGAUAGUCAAAAAUCUCCUCAAUCCCUCUCCCUCUCUCUCUCUCUCUCUCUCAUUCAGUCCAAUUCAAUCGGAGCAAAUCGGGAUUCACAUCAUCAAUGAGCGACAAUGGGCACCGCCGGACGAUCUCGGUGAACUGGGCCGGCCUUGGGGACGAGGACGAUGAUGACCGGUUCUUCGAGUCGUGCGACCGGCUGUCCUCCGUGGUCGCUGUCGACCUCGCCUCCUCUGGCUCCUCGUCCGAUGAAGAUGAAGAGUUCGAAGACCCGAGGAUGUCCUUCGCAUCCGCCAUCUCCUCCGUCGGAGAGGAUUACCGCUGCCUCUCGGGUACUCGGGCCUCCACGUCCUCCCCCAUCGCGUCUGUCUCCCGUGAAGACUACAAUGUUUGGAUGGCAGAGCCUGGCUCGAUCAAUGAGCGGCGGAAGCGGCUCUUCCAUGGGAUGGGAUUCGGACUCUCCGACAAGCAGCUCUUGAGGCUCGCCAGCGCCGAGCUCCAGCGUGCCGUCUCGAAUAAGUUUGGCGGGAACUGCCAGGUCUCCCCACUUAUUGUCGAGAGGACGCAGGGCGGUGAGGCAUUGAAGCGGGAUCAGUCCAGCUCCUCUCCCCUCCCGCCGGCAAUCCUUGUCCGGUCGAGGUCGGAUGGGGACAUAGAUUUCCCAUCCGUUGCCAAACGGAAAGAAGAAUUCUUCAGCAAUACCUCGAAGCAGCGCCUCGCGAGGACAUCCACCAACCUCUUGGGAGUCUGCACUCGGGCAUGUCGGCUCCCGGACCCCGUGAGAGUUUCACCAAAGGAAGGGACCACCGCACCUCCUUUCCGCCACAAGGGAAGUUUGUCCUCGGUUUUAUCGAAUAGCCGCUUUGGUGCCAUCUUCUUGAUAAAGAAUUUGGACACCGGGAAAGAGUUCAUCGUGAAUGAGUAUGACAACGAGGGGAUGUGGAACCGGCUCAGUGAUCUGCAGACCGGGAAGCAACUCACGAUGGAUGAGUUCGAGAAGAGCGUGGGAUAUUCCCCCGUAGUCAAGGAGCUAAUGCGGAGGGAAAACGUUUCUCGGAUGGCCAACGGAGGAAUAGGAGCGAGCGAACGGAAAUAUAACACGAACUCGUACCUCUCGAAGAGCCUGAGGCUGAGCAAGAGGAGCGGGGUCGCCUUAUUGAAGAACAUCAAGGGUGUGGCGAAUUCUAUGAGUGGUCUGAUUGGGGACAGAGAGAGGGAGAGCCAACCUUUCCCGGACCAGAAGCCGGGGAAGAGCGCUAGCCCAACCCCAUCCUCUGAAUGGGUCAGGGUCCGGCAGCAUGGGAAAUCCUACAGGGAGCUCAGCGCGUUGCAGCUGUGCCAGGAGAUCCAGGCCCAUGAGGGCUCGAUAUGGACCAUCCGGUUCAGCUUGGACGCGCACUAUCUAGCUAGUGCAGGAGAGGAUCGGGUGAUCCAUGUCUGGGAAGUUCAGGAGUGCGAGCUCAUGUCGAUGAGGCCUGAUGAGUGGAGCUGGACCCCACUGCAUCCUUCGGCUUCGGCUUCGGCUUGUAACACCCCUGAUCGUUACGAGGGCUCAGGGAUGAUGUGUUCCCCAGGUCCAUUGUCUCCUGCCCCAUCGGAGAGGAAGAAAAAGGGGAAAGGGUCGCAGAAUAAGAAGGGGAUUCCUGACUACGUUUAUGUGCCGGAGACGGUCUUUGGACUAUCGGAGAGACCUGUCUGCUCUUUUAAAGGUCACUUGGAUGAUGUCUUGGAUCUUUCCUGGUCCAGAUCUCAGUUGCUGCUCUCAUCUUCAAUGGACAAAACAGUUAGGCUAUGGGAUUUGGACACAAUGAGCUGCCUAAAAUUAUUUGCCCACAAUGACUACGUAACCUGCAUACAGUUCAAUCCGAUAGACGACAGAUACUUCAUCAGCGGUUCCCUCGACUCAAAGGUCCGAAUUUGGAACAUCCCAGAUCGUCAAGUCGUGGACUGGACCGAUAUCCAUGAAAUGGUCACCGCAGUUUGCUACACUCCCGAUGGCGAGGGUGCCAUAAUUGGAUCCCAUAAGGGGAGCUGUCGGGUCUACAGCGCUGAAGAUUGCAAGCUGACACAGACAAGCCAGGUGGAGAUAUCGAACAAGAAAAAGUCCCACGCGAAAAAGAUAACAGGUUUCCAGUUUUCGCCGUGGAAUCCCUCAGAAGUUCUAAUCACAUCCGCUGAUUCCCGCAUUCGCAUAUUGGACGGUUCGGAUGUCACUCAUAAGUUCAGAGGUUUCCGGAAUACAAGCAGCCAAAUCGCAGCUUCUUUCACGCAGGACGGAAAGUACAUCGUUUGCGCCAGUGAGGACUCUCAUGUCUAUGUAUGGAAACAUCAGGAAGCCCAUCACGGGAAGACGAAGGGCGUUGUGAACGUCCGAUCAUAUGAGCAAUUCCAAUGCAAGGAUGUCUCGGUGGCGAUCCCGUGGCCUGGCACCAUAAGAGGGGAACCGCCGCCCAUGACAGUGCACUCGAAGCGCCACUCAAAACGGUCCACCACGCCACCACCUCCAGCCUCUUCUGCCGGAUCACCGACCCAGGAAGAGAGAGAGAACCUUCAUCCAGGACCCAUUGGUGCUAGUAAGAGACAGCUGCCACCUCUUCCCAAGAAGGCGAAUGCCAUUGACAGAGCAUCGACCCCGCCAGAGGAGGAGAUGGCUCAGCUCUCGAGGCUCGACUCAGGAAUGGGGAUCGGCGAUUCAUUCAACUCAGCAGCCUCCUCAUCAAUAAGGUACUGCAGUGACUCACCAUCCAUCUCUGCUGCAGCAAACCCCUCGACCGCUUCCUGGUCAUCAUCCUGGUCCUGGUUCGACGGCGGGAACAGCAACGGCACAGUGCAGGCGACAGCAUGGGGUAUGGUGAUUGUGACAGCGGGCCUGGGUGGCGAGAUCAGAGCUUACCAGAACUUCGGCCUGCCCCGCAGAGCAGGCCGGCAGGCAAAUCUUUUUUAGCACAUAAGGUAGUCCGAACAUCAUAAGUGAAAAAACCAACCGGACGAGUCUCGACCGUCAUAUGGCGCAUCCAAUCCAUAACGCGAGACGGUAAGGGAGUCAAUUCGAUAUGCAAAAACCGACCCAGCACAGUUUUUAGAAGGAAAAUUCUCGAGCGCUUCAGGGUAUCAGUGUCUUGUAUUAACGGACCAUAACAAUUUUGGUACGAUGUAUAUUGGUGGACCGUUUAGAUGAGAUCGCAAGGAAACCGAAUUUUCCCACAUUUUUGAAGUGUAUUGCUACGGCAUAAGCUCGAAAACAUUUGUACUCUUCUACCAGUGGAAUUCUUCUUCAUUGUCAAAUUCGAAUGCCGGACAUAUUUGAUAA